AUGACUGAUAACUCUGCCCUGUUGCAAGUGAAAUCUGAUCGUCGAGAGCCGUUCAGUGUGAUGCGUUCUAAUGCAGAGCUUUGGGCAACCUAUUCUGGACUGGACUUCAUACUUUCACAAUCAAAUGACUUUGUGGCCCGCAAGAUCGUAGAAAAACCCUUGAUGACACAUCAAGCGGUUGGCGCCUUUGGAAUCACACUGGAGAUGAGUGACCUGAUUGCCACGAGCGUGCCGACUGUCCGCUUUGUCAAUCCAGUCUGGACUGAAGCUGGGGUCAAGGUGAACAUUGAACUCACAGACCUAGAAGCCAAAGCAUACCUAAAUGUCUCUUCACCUGAAGCAUUCGGUCAACUUUCGGUCAAAGCCGCCGGCCUGUUCGAGGGUAGCUUCAACAUUGCAGUGGUGGACAAGCACAUCAAGGUUGGUGUCAGCAGCCUCGUUGCUCCUGAUCUACACCUACAGCCGACUCUGGAUGUAUCUUGUGUGAAUCCCGGCUUUUGGAGUUCUGUGCCCUGCGCAAUCAUAAGCCAUUUAAGCGGGCAUGUCCCUAGCUGGCUUGUGGACACCAUCCUGUACUUUACUCAGUCGCACGUGGAAGAAAUUCUUGAGCAAGUGAUUGAUGAGAAGCUUGAUGCCGAUCUACAUGCACUUCCGAGCAGGCUGCAGGUUGUAUCCUCUGAUCACGCCAACGUGCAGUUCGCAUUUAGACCGCUUGGCAUGUUUCAGUCUGAUGACCUGAAGGCAGCAUCAUAUCAAGUCCUUGCUGAGGAGGUUCCCCGAGCAGAAGAAGCUUUCCCCGUUCCUGGCCUUAUACUCCAAAACCACUCCACAUCAACCAUGUUUGCAAUGGCUUUCAGUCGCAGCGUCCCAAACAGUUUAUUUGCCAUCCUUCAUGACUCGGGUACACUCACCCACACAUUUUAUCCAGAGGACGUUCCCGACAGUAGUCCGCUUGGCCUGGAUACCUUCAGUCUAGAGCUUGCGUUCUACUGUCCAUGGCUUGCCACUAUAUACGCCUUGGAAUGUCCACUCUGGAGUCCUUGUCCGGUGUCAGCGACCAUUCAGACUUCUGGCCGGCCAUUUGUGGAACUGUCGCAUGGUGUCAACCUAAGCAUUCCACUCUCUGUGGACUUUCGGCUGCUCAUCGACAAUUCCUCGGAAUCAACAUUUCUGUGGCGGGUGAACACAACGGCUAGCGGAAUCUUGCAACCGUCCAUGACACACAAUGGUCCCUGUGAUCAGCUGCUCAAGGCUAGACUGACGGAGUUGCAUGCCACCUGGUUUGACGUCACCAAAUCCAUGGAUGACUCAUGGGUAGCGACAGCUCUUUCAAUCAAUCUUUUCCUGCCUAUGCUGCUAAAUGGACCGCUGCUGGACAAGAUCAACGCGCAUUUUGACGAGGGCAUUCGCCUCAAGCCCAUCCAUUUCGGAGGCUCCCAAUAUGCACUUUCAAAUUCAUUUGUUGAGGCAUCUUCGGGAAGAAUUGUUUUGUCCAGCGAUGUCUGGCUUCCUGAGAAAUGCCCAUCCUAA